AGGAGGGAAACUAGGGUACUAAGGAAACCUGUGUUCGAGGAAGAGAGUUGAAAGCAUCCUCUCGUCUUCCUUGCACCUGGAGUGAGGGGGAAUAGCAGAACAACACUCGCAAGAUUGUCCGUGAUUCAAGUGCCAAAUUCAUGCUUCCUCCGAGGCAAGCGGGCAUCAAGCAUCAAGCGAGAGAGUGCACAGAGAAAGCUAGUUUCGUUCAAACAUGGAGUGAGGUGAUACUAGCUGCAGUAAUAGUAGUAGUUUGCGGCGAUUACGGUGACUAUUUGUGAAAGUGUUUGAACCUGUGAUACAUACCUUGCAUCAUGCCCAUGUCCGGGCGUUACGGGGGAUACUCUCCCGGGGGUUACAGCUCCUAUCCAUCGGCUUCGUCGCAUAUCUACACUAGCACUUUCACCACGUAUCGGUCUUCCAAUUUCGGCAGGGCGGCCACGCCUUCUCUGGAGGAGGCCAAGGCCCGGCCCUACGGGUUUUCACCCGUUGGUACGCCUGCUACCUACAAAUACUUAUCCAGGAAUGAAUUCUACAAUCCAACCCAGGAUAUGAGAGCACCUGUCAAGACCAUCAACACCCUAGACAUUGACGUACACGAGGAUAAAAACUUAGAGCGAGAUCAUGCCAUUCCAGGAGAGAUCAAACGUGAUACGGCUGCCAAUAUUGCUGGUGCUCAAAAAGUGAUACGGCUUGUCACCAUGAGGCAAAAGAAUAACCCUUACGCGGUCGGGGCUGUGGGGGAGGGUUUAACUUUGGGGCAAAGGCUAGCCAUGAAACAUUGGAUUGAGCCAAAAGUCAAGAGAAAGACUCCCUCGCCACCUCCAAAAUAUCGGAAAGCCUCACAGCCCAUCAUUAAAGAAGAAGAGGUUCCCAAGAAUGAUAGCGACUCAGAGUCUUGGACGUGGGAAACCUGCUCCUCUUCUGAGGAAGGCCCAGAUGUGCAAAUAUUCCCUGACGACCCUGCCCCCAAAGGCAAGAAAGAACCUUACGGAAAAGCUGGAAGAUCAGCCACUACCGACUUGCCAUUGGUUAGCAAUGACGUCUAUUCGACAAGAAGACAAUCCAUCGACAGGUGGACAAGAGCAAUUUUUGAUAAACCGCGAGACUCCAAGAGAUUAUCACUGAGCUCAAAAGGAAGCAGUACCUUCUCUUCUGGCACCGUUGAACCUCCUCAAGUGGCUCCAAGAGUAGUUAUGAGCACGAAAACAGAGGUCACUCCGUCACUGAGAGUGUCAUCUCGUCCCUCUAAAGACGAAUCAAUUGUCAGCCCUGUGCAAACAACGCCCGUGAAAGUCGCGGAACUGGCCUUGCCCGUCCGACAAGCUCCUAGUAGAUCGUCUCUGAGCACCAAAUCAUCUGGAUCAGGCGAAUCUCCUGAAUCCACACCGAGAUUUGCCAGGGCUUACCAACCACCAUGUGCAAAGUUCAGUUCUGAUGAGGACAGUGAUGUUGAAAAGCCCACUUAUAAUCGUGGCUGGCGGAAGGGUCAGCCCCCGAGAAGUGACGUGGUCGUGAAGCUGGCGACGAAGGAAAAGCCGGUUCAAGAUAAGAGCAAGCCUGCAAAAUCUUAUACUUCGGAGGCGAUGCUUGUGAUACAAAAUACUCAAGACCAUUCCAAAUUAACGAAUAAGAUCCUGACUUCUACAACUUUUAUGUCAGGAUCAUCCUCUACGAAAACUGAGACUUCCAUCUCGAACAGCGCACCCAAAAUGCAAGUGGGAGCAUCACCAGAAAACAAAGUGAAGGCUCUUGUGGAGGAACAGCGAGCUUGUGUGGCGGCAGUUGAAAUAGUCGGCCAACUUAAGAAGGACAUUGAAAACAUGAGAACUGUAGAACAAAUCAGAACUUAUUUGGAUAAAGUGGACACUAAAAUCAAAGAGACAUUGCCAGAUCCUCUUCCCCAAUCGAGCCUUACCACGGAAGAACCCAAAAACCAGUCAAGGAAGACUUCGGUUGAAACCAAAGAGAUCGCCACGCAAGUGGCCGAAGAAACUAUUCCAGUCCCACAAGUGGUUCAAAUGGAGCCAACCCAGCCAAUGAUAAUUGAAAAAACUGGCACUGACAAGGAAGUGCUAGGAUCAAUAAAAGAAUUGGUUUGUGACUUAGUCGAGCAAAUACCAGAAAGAGCAAUCGAGAAUCAGAUAUCUCAUUCCUCCUCGGAGGAGGAUACAACCGGGGUUCCAACAAUGAUAGAGGCCAAAAUUCAAUUCGAAGUCCGGCCCCCCACUGUUCUGAACCAUGUCCAAGACGUGGCGGAGGCCAUUGACGAGAUGGUGACUCAAGUCGUUGCCAUGGAGACUGCAAUUCUUUCUCAUCAGAGCGAGGCUCAGGUUCCACCGAUCAAAAAUGACUUGAUGGAUCAAAUCAAGGAUCAAAAGAUCAACCAAGAAGCGGUCGGACCUCGAUUGGAGAAUCUCAAGCAAAUUGGGGUCCUGAAUUCCAAAUUGGAAACGAAGUUGGAGAGCGGCAUUGAUGUAAACGUUAGCCUAAAAAGCUAUGGCGAAUCUCAUAAGGAUGUGAAGGUGUCAAAAAAGAUAGCCAUUGAUUCAGCGAAGAAUGAAAACACCCAAAGUGGCAAAUUGGAUAUGCAAAAACUUCGUGUUGAAACAAUCGAUGUGAAAACAAAGUUUGAGGCGGUCAAAGUCAGGCGUGACGAUCCUGCCGAAAUUCUUCCACCAGAAAAGAUUUUGGUACAAAAAACUGCCACAUCCGGUCUCCAUCAACCACAACAACAAAAACCAGAUGUUGCCAAAGGCAAAGCAGAAAAACAUGUCGUCCCUAAGAAAAAGAUGAAGAAAAAGACGGAUAUUUUGGAGACCAUUGAUAAGACACCGCAAAAGAUUGUAGGGGAAGAAUCUUUCCCCAAUGUUCCCCUUGCUCUCGAGAAUCAUGACCUAAAGCUCACAGCUGUCCCCAAAAUCAUGGUUAACUCGGACAGUGCCCGCUCAAGCUUAACGUCCAAUGCAUCCAACGACUCUCUGAUGUCAUCUCAAUUAGACAGAUUGCCCUCUCCGCUUAGAAAACUAUUUGAGAUCCGGUCAAAAGUGGCCGCUGGAGAAACGUACGUGCCCGAGGAACCCAAAGAAAAACCCAAAUAUUGGGAUAAUAAGCCCAAGGAAACUGACCCUUCUUCGAAUCCGUUCCGUCAAAUGGCAGAAAUGCGCGAGGAGGCCAAAAAAUAUCAGAAAAAAGUGAAGGAGGACCAGGAAGCUUUUCUCAAAUCGUCCACUGCUGAACCGGAAGAACCUUGGUAUAAGGAUGAAUCAGAGGAAUUUCAGAAUCAACUCAAAACCCACGAGCAUCGACCCUCAGAUCAUCACAGAGAGGAAUCUGAAAAACGCACUCCGGAGGAGAAUAUGGCCAUUAUCAACCUGUAUGGAGGAAUACAAUUCCCGGAGCCUGCCCUACAAACAACGCCGAAGAAAAUACUGAAGAAAAUCUUCACCCGGAAGAAACGGAAACUCGACAACACUUUGCCAACCUGCAAUGUGCAUUGUCACAAGAAAUGUGAAAAGAAUAUGCCAAAUUUAUGCGGAAUUGACCACAAAUUACUGGCAGAGACCCUUCAUGCAUUGAGGAAAGAGAAAAAUAUUUCCGCAUUGUCCAAACAAGGCUCCCAAGAUGAGGCAUCAACUUCUGGGACCGAGCAAAGUGCAAGUGGAAAAGCUCUCCUUGGCAGCCAUUCGCAACCUUCCACGAUUGAAGAAUCAGACUCCUCUGAGCACGAGGACACGCCUCCUCCUGUUCCCUCACCACCCCGUGGAACCACCUCUAUGCCUCGAAAUGACGCACCCGUGAAAGCCAAGCCCAAGUUUCGCAAGUAUUGCGUGGACGAUUUCAAUUUUCUGAAGGUCUUGGGCAAGGGCAGUUUCGGCAAAGUGAUCUUGGCGGAACUGAAAGGUGCCACUUCCUAUUAUGCCGUUAAAUGCCUGAAGAAAGAUGUCGUUCUAGAGGAUGACGACAUUGAGUGCACUAUGAUUGAGCGGAAAGUUUUGGCCUUGGGUUGCAAGCAUCCUUUCCUUUGCCACUUGUUCUGCACUUUCCAAACUAACUCUCAUCUGUUCUUCGUGAUGGAAUAUCUAAAUGGGGGAGAUCUGAUGUUUCAUAUUCAACAAAGCGGACGCUUUGAUCUGGAGCGGGCGCGGUUUUAUGGAGCCGAGAUCCUUUUAGCCCUGAAAUUUCUUCACCGGAAAGGGAUUGUUUACCGUGACUUGAAGCUGGACAAUCUCCUGCUGGAUUUCGAAGGUCACAUACGAAUUGCCGACUUCGGAAUGUGCAAGCUGCAAAUCUACCUUGACAAGACUGCCGACACUUUUUGCGGCACACCUGAUUAUAUGGCUCCAGAGAUCAUCAAAGGGUUGCACUAUACCCAUUGCGUCGAUUGGUGGUCGUUUGGCGUACUGCUCUAUGAGAUGCUUAUCGGCCAAUCGCCCUUUAACGGGUGCGAUGAGGACGAGCUCUUCUGGUCCAUUUGCAACGAGCAGCCUUAUUUCCCACGUUUUUUGAGUCGAGAAACCAAGCAUAUCCUUCAAUUGCUUUUAGAGAAAGAUCCAAGUAGACGACUUGGAGUUUCUGGGUGUUCAGCGGGUAAUGUCUGUGAUCAGCCGUUCUUCAAAUCAAUAGACUUUGCUAAAUUGGAACGGAAGGAGUUGAUUCCUCCGUACAAACCGAAAUUGCGGCAUGCCUUGGAUGUGUCAUACUUUGACGAGGCAUUUACGCAAGAAGUUGCCAAGUUGACGCCGGUAGACGAAGACUUCUUGGCAUCUGUCAACCAACAGCAAUUCAAAGGCUUCUCAUAUACGAAUCCCAAUUACACAGUCAAAUAGGAAGGAAAUCGGUGCCAGCUUUGGAGUUGGUGAAAACCCCUGUGAUACAAUCAAUGAGACCCGUCAAAGAUGAUAUGAAUACAUUUAUUUGGUUUUCUA